AUGCUUGAAAGUGCUAUCAAGUAUCGGAAGGCUUUUGAGUAUUUGAAGACAACCGAUCAUGCUUAUAAGUAUUGUCCUUCGGUUGAUGAAUGGGGGAGAGCUGAAAAGAUAUGUGAAUUUUUAUAUCCCUUUUAUGAAACUACUAAUUUGAUUUCUGGCACAUCUUAUCCUACUUCAAAUUUGUAUUUUCUACAAGUCUAUCAUAUUCAAUGUGUUUUGAUGGGAAGUUUGAGAAGUGAAGAUGAGCUUAUAAGGAGCAUGGGAGAAAAGAUGAUGAACAAAUUUAAGAAGUAUUGGGAAAAGUAUAGUAUCAUUCUUGUAUUUGGUGCUAUUCUUGAUCCUAGACUUAAGAUUUCUACUUUAGAGCUUAUGUAUGAAGAGAUUGAUGUUGAGACUGCAAAAGGGAAGGUGGAACAUGUGAAAAAGAAAUUAUAUAAGCUUUUUGAAAAAUAUGACAAGAAUUCUCUUCCAACUGUUCAAGCACAAGGACCUAGUAAUCAAUCUUCAUCCAUGACUCAUACCCCUGAAAGUGCAAGCAAGAAACGACUUGCGAUUGUUGGUAAAUUGAUGAAACGUAACCAUCAAGCUGAGGUCUCUAGUGGAAAGAAUCCACUUGAUACAUACUUGGAGGAGCCACUUUUGUCAAAGGAUUGCUUUGAAGAUUUAGAUGUUUUGGAAUGGUGGAAAUUAUAUGAGAGUCGUUAUCCGAAGUUAUCAAUCAUGGCACAUGACUUAUUGAGUAUUCUAAUUACUAAAGUUGCAUCAGAAUCUGCCUUUAGUAUUGGAGCUCAUCUCAUUAACAAAUAUAGAAGUCGAAUGUUGCCAGAAAAUGUUGAGGCUGUGAUUUGUACUCGCAAUUGGAAUAAAGGCUUUGUUGAUGGUGAAGGCGAAGGUGAAUAUGUGAAUCCUCAAGGUGCUAGGCAAGGCGGUGUUUCAACUUCUGGAUCAGAUUCAAAUUUUGUUGAUUUAGAAUCUGGUCCGGAUGAUCACGUCUUGGGUAAGGUAAAUGUUACAAGGGUCUGGCAGUACAGAGACACUAAACCGUGUGACACGCAGGAGUCCAUUGAACGAUUCCACUAUAAAGUUAGGGGUAGCCAGUCUGGCACAUCUACAGAUAAUUGUGUCGUGCAUCACGAUACAACUGUAAAGAGAUGGAUGGGUCACUCAUUCUACUUUUUGUUUGGGUGUGAGAGCGUAUUCCAUUCCUGGGGCCUAUUCCCCGCAAUGAGCUCAUCGAUGUGGAGUCAUUGGUGCCAGCUAACAAGAUAUACACGAAGGUCUACGGUGCAGUUUAGGCGUCAACUCAAUUAUAUGGGAGACAAUGAUUUUAUAUGGCGAGGCUGUAUAUGGCAGUGGUGGUUCCAGAUGAUCUCGUCGUAA